GUCAUUUACACUCAACUGGAAUCGAUAAAUUUUAAUGCAAAUGGAAAAAAUUUAAAAUAAUGUGGAGAGCGCAAAAGUUUUGCUGUUGUAUAAGCUUUCAAAUUGGCUGCGCAAUCAUAUCAUUUGUUACCUUUUGUUUGUGUAUCGUGCACCUGGUUGAAUUCUUCAGAGUAGAGGAGAUUGGUGUCGCUUAUGAUGCAUCAGGUACCACCCCAUUAGACCAGAGAUAUAAAAAAGAGAAUAGAGACAGUUACUCUUUAGCUCAUGGCCAUUUACAGUUUCCUAUUUGUAAAAAUUGUUCCCAUAUAAUAAACGUGCAUGGCACUCCUGGAUUCUUUUGCGAUUACCAAGAUUGGGGAGUCGUUGAAAAUAGUUCUGGAGCUAAACAAAAUCAUUCAGAAUGUGUACCAAAGAAAUUCAUGGUUAAUCGUCAUAUAGAAAAUUACUGCUGCUUUUGGUCACCGGAAGUGGGUUGUUCAAUGCUAAUCGGUAGGCAAAUCUUCGAUAAAAACAUCGAAUCUUGCGAGGCUUGUUCUCUAUCUUGCGCCGGACUUAAAAGUAAUCUUGACUCGAACGGAAGUAAUAAGAUCUCGGAAUAUGGAUAUUUAAUUCCGCUUUCUUUGCUCGGACUAUGUAUAAGAUCAAAUGACCAAAAUGACUAAGAAUAUCAAGCAAGUUUGUUUAUGUAUUUGGAAUAAAA